AUGAUCGUCAAUGGAGAGAAGACGAUAAUUUUAUUGAUGAUUUUGUAUCCUCAUGAUACAAAUGCAGGUAUAAAUCCUGAUUUAUUUGAUACCUUAAUGCAUGGAACGCCGCUUGACUUUUAUACGCUUAUUGUGAAUGAUGAAAUUAUAAAUAAAAUAGUAAUAGAAACAAAUAAAUUCGCUGCACAGCAAAAGGCUUCUAAAUCAUUAUCACCAUUUGUACUUUCGUUGCCUUCAUAUGAACUAUAUUGGAGUAAUUCUGAUAUAUUUGCUACUAAUUUUGGGCUUGUAAUGAGUCGAAAUCGUUUUGAAAUAUUAUUGCAAAUGUUGCAUUUUUCUGAUAAUUCUACUACUGAUAAUACAAAUCGCUUAUACAAGCUUGGUACUGUUAUGGAAGAUAUAAUGCUUAAUUCUAACAACUGUAUGCAGCCAUUAGAACAUUUAUGUAUUGACGAAUCCCUUGUUAAAUUUAUGGGUAGGCUUUCAUUUAAGCAAUAUAUAAAAAAUAAGAGAGAUAGAUUCGGUAUAAAAGAAUUUAAACUAUUUAUUCCUCCAUGUUAUACCAUUGCUCUUAAAGUAUAUGCUGGCAAAGAGGCUAGUAUUGAAGAAAGUGUUGGAACAAAAAUUGUUAUGGAACUAGGAAAUCCUUAUUUUGAUUGUGGAAGAACUUUAUUUGUGGAUAAUUGGUACUCAAGUGUUGAGCUAGCCGAAAAAUUAAAAACAAGACAAACACAUCUAGUAGGCACUUUAAGAUCAAAUAGAAAAUCUAAUCCAAAACAAGUUGUUAAAAAAAAAUUGAAAAAAGGAGAGGUUGAAUCAAUGAGAAGUGAUUCAAAUGUGUUAGUGUUAAAAUGGAAGGAUAAACGGGACUUAUACAUGAUAUCCACAAAACACAACAGCGAAAUGGUUGAACAACACAUAAAGGGAAAAAUUAUAAAGAAACCUAAGGUAGUGAUCGAUUACAAUACAGGGAAGGCGUCAAUUGAUCUCUCUGAUCAAAUGAGUUCUUACUCAAACCCUCUUAGACGUAGGUAG